CAAUUCAGUCUCCGUUAAACUUCUCGUCUCAUAUUUUUUACCCUCGUUUAUUUUCUCAAACUCCAACUCCAACUCCGACUAUGUGUUAAAACAUAAAUUAGUUGAAUAAAAAAAUAAAUUUUAAUUAAAUAAAUAAAUAAAAAAAAGUAAAAAUGUUUGUGCCAGUGCAUUUGCUAUCAAAGAUAUUAGUAAUAACUUUAAUAAUAAAUCAAGUAUCUUCAGCAUGUGUGCAAGUGAACAAUGACGACAUGAUUGAGUAUUCAUGCGAAAAUGGUUCACCGAACGAUCUUUACUCAAUACCCGAACGAACUGAAAAAAUCCGUAUAACAAAUAUGGACUUGUCUUACAUUACAACCGAUACAUUUGCGCGAUUCGCGGACAAUCUGUGGGUCCUUUCGUGCUCGCACUGUUCAAUCCAGGAAAUAGACCCCGACGCUUUUAAAACCCUUAGAAACUUGCAGCAGUUGCGGUUGGACAAUAAUAAAUUGAGGAGCGUAAAAGCCGAGUGGUUCAAAGGCUUAAACAGUUUGACGUACCUCGACUUUAAUUACAAUCAAAUAGAAACAAUUGAAGAUGGUGUUUUUGACAACUUGCCUGGUCUGGUGGACUUGAGAAUUGCCGGUAAUAAAUUGCAGUGUGUUAACGUCGACGAAAUGUCCCGUCUCGUGGACUUGAAACGUGUAUUUUUAAACCGUAAUCCUGAAUUCAAGUGUCCUAAUGCGGUUGAUAAAUUAUUGCAGUCGAAAAAUAUUGAUUAUGAACGUGAUGAUGUGUGGGAAAAAUUAUCUCAUGAUUUAAUUCAACCUACGUCAUCUAAAUUAUUAUCUAGACUUCCUGAAUCAAGUACUCAAGAUCCGAGAGUUUAUGAAAGACCUGAGCCGGUAACUGAACCACCUAGGAUUUAUGAAUGGCCAGUAGAAGAAACUGAACCACCUAAAAGUUAUGAACCACCAGAACCAGUAACUAGACCACCUAGAAUUUAUGAAAGACCUGAACCAGUAACUGAACCACCUAGAAUUUAUCAAAGACCUGAACCAGUAACUGAACCACCUAGAAUUUAUCAAAGACCUGAACCAAUAACUGAACCACCUAGAAUUUAUGAAUGGCCUGUAGAAGAAACUGAAUCACCAGAACCAGUAACUAGACCACCUAGAAUUUAUGAAAGACCUGAACCAAUAACUGAAUCACCUAGAAUUUAUGGAAGACCAGAAGUCGUAGCUGAACCACCUAGAUUUUAUGAAAGGCCAGAAGAAGAAACUGAACCACCAAGAAUUUAUGAAAGACCAGAACCAGUAACUGAAAGACCUAACAUUUAUGAAAGAUUUGAUCUAAUAACUGAACCACCAAUAAAUUAUGAAACAACACCAAUAUAUCGUGAACGUUUAAUAAUAACGUACAAACCAGAAUUACCCACUACGAGUAAUGUUAAUUAUCCAGUAACUAUGCAUUAUCCACCAUCUGUUACUUAUCCAGAUAACUCCGACACAUAUAGAGCAUCAGAAACAUUACCAACAUCAUUACCAACGAGCAUUUAUUCAAGACCCGAAGCUUCAAGAAAUUUUCCAGACAUGCCGACCCCACCAGUGGUAGAACCAGUGCCACAAGAGCCUCACAAUGAGCCUUAUUAUCCAAGAUCAUCGACCUCUGAUCCAUAUAGCGCGAUAUGGACAUACCGUCUGCCGACGUCAACGUCCAAAAUAUCCUGGACUUCGAAUUCCGAUGACAUCAACACAUUUGACGACAUUUAUUUCCCUGGAAUUGAAACAGGGCCGCCCUCGCGGGAGGACAACGACAAUAUUGAUAUUAAUCAUCCGCCGCGUAUCAGUUACCCCACAAGACCUUUUGAAGAUGCGAUUAAUGAAGAGCUGAAGACAGUAAUCCCGGUUGAUCGCCCGCAGUCGCUUGAAAAUUACCAACAGGUCGAAGAAGUACCGCCGGUUACUAUUUUUACUGCUGAAGACUCGACAAACGGAGGGCCGGUCACCACCACGACAGACAAACCGCUGCCUAAUUGCAGUUCUUCGGCCACAGUCGGGAUAUCGGUUGCCGUAUUUUGUUUCACGGUUCUGAACUCGAUUAUACGAACGAUCUAGUCUAAGACGACGUUUGCUAACAAGGAGACGCGAGCAACGGGAGGAGUUGGAGAUGAAAGACUUGUUUAUUUUAUUUUAUUUUAUUUUUUCAUAUAGCUUCAUUUAAAUAUUGAACUCCAGUACCUUUUAAUUAUUAUUAUUAUUAUUUGAAAGCUAUUAACAAGUACCUAAGGAUUUUUUUCACCAUGUAACGUUUCGCGGAUUAAAUAUUUAAAUCUAAUGAUUUCAUCUUUCGAGAUUUAAAUUACAAGGAUGGAUUCAUGCCUCAUUUAAAAUUGAG